UCUGGAUCCACCCCUGUACCCAUGGGGCUGGAGAGAAUUAGAGGUUCGGUUCCCGUGCCUCACGCACUAGAGAAAGCGGGCGGGAGGGAAGCACAACCUGGACGUGUUACACACUGGGCUCUGCGAGGCACGUGACCUCCGCGAAGGUGGGCUCCGCCUCCGCGCAGCAGAGAGAGGAAACCGCUUCCGAACCCGCAGGGCGCUGCCGCGCCUGCCCGGAACCGAGGUAGCCCCAAUCUCUUCCAGAGGACGACGCCUCCUCUUGGCUCCGCGGCGCUGAUCCGCCCGCCCGAAGCGCCCUGCGGUUAUAAACUCCUGACACAAUUGGAAAGAGCCCAGGAUCCAAGUUUCUUCACCAUGGGGAUGUGGUCGAUUGGUGUGGGGGCUGUGGGGGCUGCCGCCCUGGCACUACUGCUGGCCAACACGGACAUAUUUCUGUCUAAGCCGCAGCAAGCAACCCUGGAGUAUCUGGAAGAAAUAGACCUGAAAACACUGGAGAAGGAACCAAGGACUUUCAAAGCAAAGGAGCUCUGGGAAAAGACUGGAGCUGUGGUUAUGGCUGUGCGGAGGCCAGGCUGUUUUCUCUGUCGAGAGGAAGCUGCAGAACUGUCCUCCCUGAAGCCCAAGUUGGAUGAGCUUGGUAUCCCUCUCUAUGCAGUGGUGAAGGAGCAGAUCAAGACCGAAGUGGAGGACUUCCAGCCUUAUUUCAAGGGAAAAAUCUUCCUGGAUGAAAAGAAAAUGUUCUACGGCCCCCAAAGGCGGAAGAUGAUGUUCAUGGGAUUUGUCCGGCUGGGUGUCUGGAACAACUUCUUUCGGGCCCGGAACGGUGGCUUCUCUGGGAACCUGGAAGGUGAAGGCUUCAUCCUCGGGGGCGUUUUUGUACUGGGAUCAGGAAAGCAGGGCAUUCUUCUCGAGCACCGAGAAAAAGAAUUUGGAGAUAAAGUAAAUCCAUUUUCUGUUCUGGAAGCUGCUAAGAAGAUCAAACCACAGAUUUCAGCCUCAGAGAAAAAGUGAUUGUAUGAAAUUGCCCAGCUCCGGGGUCCCUAGGGGCACUCACCUGUGUUCAUAAUAUGUUUGCACUCAUGUCUCUAAAGGGUUGGAAACCCACUCAUGCCAUAGUCUCAGUGUAGAUCGUUAAGGUAUUCUAAUACUGUACUCUGUUUAGGCUCAGUAAGACAAAGUAGCCCCCAAAGAAGAUUGGUAAAAAUCUAAGCAAUGAGUGAGGGAUGUUAUAGCUAAACCUGGAAAAUAUGAGGCUUAGAGUUGACUAGUGUACCUCAUUACAAAUGUACAUAGUGUUUGAGGUGCUAUUAUUUGAAAUAAGUUUUAUUUUCCUGUCUUUAAAAAUCUAAGAAAAGUUGAUGGUUGACUAGAAGAUUAAGGAUAUAAGGUUUUUUGCUUGUGUAUUUUCUGUUAAUGAUUCACUACAUAGUGUUGAAGUAAUACUUACAUAAAGGAAUUGAUGCGCUUUGAUGUGCUUUGAAUGGCUGAUAAAGAUAGAUUAUAAAAUUAAAUCUGUUUUUUGUCUUUCAUUCUGACCUCAGAGGUUUGUUUUUCUAGAAGAAAUGGUUGUCUCUGGCUCUAAUAAAAGUAUGCAUUAGAAUUUGCCUGUAAUACAAGUUUUUCUGAUAAAGCUAACAAUAAAAUUAUUUACCAUAA